AUCUCAAGGUAUCCAUGGUUUCUUGAGAAGUUAUCGAGGUCUAUCAUGAGGAAGUUGGUCGUCUUCGCUGUCAAAGCUCUACUUUUAUCCUUCGUUUGUGUCCCCAUUGCAGAAUUGCAACCUGUAUUUACAGCAGAACCUUCAAAUCCAUUUCCUGUUCUGGAAGGUAACAACAUCACUUUGGAAUGGAGCUACGAUCUUAGAGGCGGAACGUUCAGACGUGCUGAGUUUGAAGAGGUUAUAGCUUCUGGCACAGUCCUGAUUGCAGACGUCGUCGGUAGCCUAGGCCAGACACCAUCACACUUGAGAGACAAAUACAAAGGUCGAUUACAACUGAAUGUAACAGCUACACAAACAUCUAUUACGAUCCUCGAAGCGAACAGAACAGUCGACAGUAAAAAUUAUCAGUUUAAAGUUGUCCCAACUACCGCCCCUAUCACCAGUGCAGUGAGGAUUUCAGUGCAGUGUAAGUGA